AUUGUUGAAGUUGGACUUUUAGAAUUAUGUUGGUAACUGUAGAUUAUCAGUAAUAAGUAGUUUAUUUUUGUUUGGAGUACUAUCGCUCUUUUUCAAAUUCCUUUGUGUGAACUAUAAUUGUAUUAGCGCUUGUUUAACCAUUUUUAUCAUUUAAUGUUUACAUGAAAAUGGAUAAUAAAGGUACAGAUCAAGUGGGUAAUGGAUUUAGCACAGCUGAAGAGACUUUUGAGGAUGCCCAAGAUGGUCAGUGUUUUGGCCAAAUGAGUAAUGGUAAAAGAGAUGAACGAGAUGCACUAGGAAAACCAGGUAAUGCUACUGGAGAGCUAUAUGCGAAAAUGCCAGUAGCAAAGUAUUCAACGCAUUAUAAAAUGAACCACAAGAGGAGAGGUUUAGCUUACAUAUUUAAUCACGAGUUCUUUGAAGUUGGUAGUUUAAAACCAAGAGGCGGUACCAAUGAAGACUGCAGAAAUCUUAAGGAGUGCCUUAUUGCUCUAGGGUUUGAUGUGCAUGUAUUUAAAGAUCUAAAUUAUUCUGAUAUAGAAUUGCAUAUAAAGAAAGCUGCUCGUAUGGAUCAUAGUGAUAAUGACUGCCUUAUAAUUUCUAUUCUAUCACAUGGAGAAUCGGGAAUUAUUUAUGCAAAAGAUACGCCAUACAAACCUGACCACCUAUGGGUGCAAUUUACUGCAGAUAGGUGUCCUUCUUUAGCAGGUAAACCAAAAAUAUUUUUCCUGCAAGCCUGUCAAGGUGACAAACUUGAUGGAGGCGUCAACCUCUCAAAAACAGAGACUGAUGGGGAAAUCCAUAAUACCUACAAAAUACCAGUGCAAGCUGAUUUUCUCAUAGUCUAUUCUACAGUAAAGGGCUAUUACUCUUGGCGUAACACAACCAAAGGAUCGUGGUUCAUUCAAUCCCUGUGCCAAGAAUUGAAGACAAAAGCCUUCGAGCUGGAUCUGUUGACUAUACUUACUUUUGUAUCUCAACGUGUAGCGCUAGAUUUUGAGAGCAACGUCCCGGACAACAUCACUAUGCAUCGCCAAAAACAAAUACCGUGCAUUAUGAGUAUGCUCACUAGAUUAAUUCAGUUUAAACCAAUAUAAAAAAUAAGAUGAUUUUGUUAUGAAAAAGUUUUAUUCUUUAUUUGGUUACAUGGGGUUGUGUACAAUAUAAGAAUUAAAAAAAAUUAAUAAUAGUAUUAAUCAAUAAUGUUUUAUAUUGACAUAUACAUGGUACUAUUAUUUUGAAAAUUGUGUUAUGUUUGCAUGUAACGUAACAAAUUAUUAUUUUACUUUUUUUUCCUUUUAAUUACAUCCAUGACUGCCAUGACAAGUUUUAAUUUCUUGUAACUUUUUAUUGUGUAAAUAUUAAUUAUAAAUAAAACUUUUUCGCAAUGAAUUCCUUAACGGAGUUUUUUAAUGUUGGAAUAUUUGAAUGUUUUGUUAUUAUAAAUCAAAUGGAGAAAUAAUGCUUCUAAAUCAGGGAUCUGCAGCAAACUAUCACUUAUUAUAUUCAAUAUAUAAUUUUAGAAUUAUUUGUUAUAAUUUUUUAUUCUUAUUCGCAAAGAUUUUACACAAAUCAUAUAAAGUAGGACCGCUUUAAACCCGAACAGUCUAUUAUAGAAAAGUAUUCUGAUUAUUAAAUAUUAAUUAAAAAAAGGAUAUUUAAUCUAUCAUAUUUCAAAAGCCAACUUCCUUGAAACUCGUUGGUGUUUUCUUUUGGGCAUCUUUUAUUCUAGGUUAGGAAAAGUGUAGUAAAACAUAUGAAAAACAAAAGAAAUGACCUCUUCAAAUUAAUUCCAGGAUUAUAUGUUGAAGUAUGUCAUCAUAAGGGUGGCGUUCAGAUUAAAGAGAUUGCACUGUACUAAUAUUGUCAAUAUUAAGAAUGGUAAACUUAAUUGAUUGAAGUUUCACUUGAGAGAAUUGAAUUCUGAUAUGUUUAUUUUUAAUAGAAGCAUUGAAUCUUAAUUUUGAUUUUGAACUAUUUUAUCUGAUGUAUAUGUUUACAUAGGUUCCUUUAUAAGUACACAUAUAAAUAAUUAUUAUAGUUUUAGGUAUUUUUUUUUUUCAUUUAUAGUACCAAAAUAGCUUAAUUCCUUUUCUAAAACCAAGUUUCAUAUGAAAUUAGGUAUCAUACCAUCUGGGUAAAUGAAAAACUUGAUUGCAAUUUAUAAAUCAAUUUAAUUUGUAAUCCAGAAUAACAAUAAGUGAUAUUAAAACAUGUGUAGUAGAGUGCGAUUGAGAAUAUACGGAGUAUCGUUCAGUAUGAGAUGAUUAUCACUGCAAAGUAAACUCUGACUAAAAUUUUGAUAUAAAUAUAAAACUAAAUGGUUUCAUUUUUAUUUUACUUCGAUUUUCUAUUAUAUAGAUUACAUUAUACAACAAAGUUAAUUCUUAACACUAUUUUUUUUUGUUGGUACUAGUAACCUCAUUAAAAUUAUUGUACCAAAAAAAUCUUUAGAAUCAUUGGAUCAAUUUGGCACAGAAUAAACAGUUGAUCUGUUGAUUUGUUGUCAAAUUCAUAAAUUUCAUUUGAUAGCUUCCAUAUGAUGAUAGAUUUAACAGCUUAGUUAAAUUUUUUCUGUACAUAUUUAUAGUUUUUUUUAACUUUUUACUUCUUGAAGCUUUUUAUAUGUUUUUCGUUUUGAUAAAGACUGAAAUAAGUGGAAACGUCAAUUGUUACAUAUUAUUUUCCUAUCAAAAGAGACCUAAAAUUUGAGACGACUCAUCACGAAAAACAUAUUUAUAGUUUAGUUGAGAUGCUCUGUAUAUUUUAUCAACUGCUGGUUCAAUAGUUUUUUAAUAUAUUAAUAUUAUUUUCUAUUUGAGUAUAUGCUGGAAUUAAAACAUAUUUUUCAGAAAAAAAAAAGUUUAUAAAUUUAGAAUACUUGCCUUGCCUAUUGGCUAUGUAGAACUGAUUAUGGUUUAUAACUAAUAUUAGAUAUAAUUGGGGUUUUCAGGUUAUUAACUUUAUGAAAAAUUAUCAGAUGAUGAAGAUGAAGAGCCGAAAUAAAAAAGGACUAAGUUUCAAAAAAUAAAAGAUCUGAAAUAAUCGUGGAACUAGCCAUCUGCUUCCUAGGCGUUAACAUCAGUUGAUUUCAUAUCCAGCAGGCUCAUCUACUAGUCCUUUGAAAAUUGCUUCUUAUUUAGUUAAACAUCUGAGUUGUUUCUAAACAACUUUCAAGUUUCUUUCAAAUCUCACUGUACAACAGAGAACAACUGCAGUUAAUGAUCGGCUUUCUGUUAGUACUUUUCUAAGGAAAAUCAACACAACCCCACCACAACUUUAUAUUUCAGUUGUAGCAUUUACAAAAAUAUUGUUUUUAAAAUGACACUUAGUACCUUUUUUAUUUACACUCUUCAGCUUAUGUUUGCAAAAACCAAUGAAAAGGAUUUAGAUUAACUGCCAUUAUCUUAGUAGUAAUUUUAUUAUUUCAAAAGAUGUGUGAUGGAUUUAUUUUGUCUGCGUUAGCAUACAUUUUAAUCACAUAGGUUGAAAGUUAGUAAAGAAUCAAAUUUGUGAUUUAGUAAGGGCUUGUAGGAUACCAAAAUUGAUUCCUAUUAUGGUGAUUUUUUUAUAGAAAUUAAUAGAUUUUGUAUUUUAUAAUUCUGAAAACUGUUUGGCAAUUAUGACAUUAUAGCUAAAUUGUAAAAUAUGUUCAAUAUAAUUUUUUAGCGGUUUAA